CGUCGUGAUCGAAUGGGCGGUCCUGGUAGAAACGCAUUACAACUCCUCCGUGGUUGUUGUGAGAUAGACCUGACUGCAUGUCACCGUGAACUGAAAUUCCCUGAACUGACUCUCUGUCCGACGGAGACUUAGCCUACGUUUCUUUAAAACGCGGUUCUGUUCCGUUAUUGUUUUAUAUCUUUUAUUGCAAUUGAGUAGCCUACGCGGGGUGGAACCACUAGAAACAUGGGCAAAGUCCAAGGCGGGAUGAAAUGUGUGAAAUACCUCCUUUUCAUUUUUAACUUCAUAUUCUGGCUGUCCGGCUCCCUCGUCCUGGCCGUGGGGCUGUGGCUGCGCUUCGACCCGGACACCAGUUCGCUCCUGAACGAAGAGGGCGCCCCUGACACCUUCUUCAUCGCCGUAUACAUCCUCAUCAUUGCUGGUGGGGUCAUGAUGCUGGUGGGAUUCUUCGGUUGUUGUGGGGCUAUGCGGGAGUCGCAAUGCCUUCUUGGAUUGUUCUUUGCCUGUUUGAUGAUCAUCUUUGGGGCGGAGGUUGCCGCAGGAGUCUUUGGAUUCUUAAACAAAGACAAGAUCAUCAAUGAGGUCGAGAGCUUCUAUCUGAACUCCCUGCAGGACAACACCAACGGCACCGCCAUCGCCUCCAUAUACCACACUGUUCUGCAGUGCUGUGGAGGCAGCGAGGCCAACCCCACCCUGUGUCCAGACGCCACCGAGGAAACCAAGGAUUGUGUCACGGCUAUCGAAGAGUUUUUCAAUGAAAAGCUCUUCAUCAUCGGCUAUGUGGGGAUUGGUAUCGCAGGGGUUAUGAUUAUCGGGAUGGUCUUCAGUAUGGUUCUUUGUUGUGCCAUCCGAAACAAUAGAGAAGUAAUUUAAUCACCCCUACCCCCCCCCCAAA